CAGGUGCUCCUUACCUGUUGCACGGAGUCACUGUCACCUUGCCCAUUUCAAUACCGCAAUACUGUGUUUCUGUGCAAGUCCAAGUGGCCAGCUCUUAAACUGGGUGUGUUAGCAACAGAGUUGGACUGCGUUCAAAAGGAGUAAUCCAUGGAUUGUAGUCAUUGGCGCAUGUGUAGUUAGGCGAUGUUAUUCUUUUCCAUCCUUCAUGUGAAAGUGGCAUUGUUUUUUUUAACGAAAAGUAGCUGCCCAUGUAAAUGACCAGAUGUUACAGUGAUGUAAUUUGCUUUGAGUUAUCUCAUUUUGUUAGAAAGCUAUCGUUGUAGUGGAGAACGGCAGUGCUGUUCUCCCGCCUUCCCUGUAAGAGUGAAAUAUAGAGGAGAUGACUGAUUACACUGUAGCUGUACUGAGAGGGCUUCUGUCGGGCAUCCUGCUUGCAUUUUAAUGGUGGCUGAUGUUAAGACUGAAACUGACGGCAGGUUAAUGUUCUGGAGCUUACAAAUUUAACUUAAAGUGUCAGGAGCCCUGGGCAACUUUGCCUGGUGUCUUGAUUGACUUCAUUUCAUUUUCUAUAUUGGCAGGGAUUCCUCUGUUGGGGUGUGUUUUGAGAGAUGGAUGAAAUGGAACCGUUCACCGAGGACACUGGAAACCACUUGGAGUGUGAGGACUAUAUGUUUGUCGAAUCAGAACAUUCUGGCAAAGUUCUGGAUGGGCUCAACAGCCUGCGACUGAACAACGCUUUCUGUGAUGUUAUUCUGUGUUGUGAUGGUCAGGAAUUCCCAUGUCAUCGCAUUGUACUUGCCUCCUUCAGUUCCUACUUCAGGGUCAUGUUUUCCACAGAUCUGGUGGAGUCUCGGCAGGAACGAGUAGCGAUAAAUGGUAUUGAGCCACAGAUGGUGGGAUUGCUGGUGGUCUAUGCCUACACAGCCCGAGUGCUCAUUACGAGAGCCAACGUCCAGGCACUGCUGGCAGCUGCCAACCUCUUGGAUGUCAUGUCGGUGCGGGAAGCCUGCUGCAAGUUCAUGGAACGACAGAUGGACGAAACAAACUGUGUGGGCAUCCACUGUUUUGCUGAGGCCCACUCCUGCAUGGAGCUGCAGACCAAGAGUAUGAACUACAUCCUGCAGCAUUUUGAUGUCGUUCACAAGCAGGAGGAGUUCCUCUCACUCUCAACAGAGAAGCUCAUUGAAAUUAUCUCCAGCGAUGACCUGAAUAUCCCUUCUGAGGAGAUGGUCUUUGAGGCAGUUGUCCUCUGGUUGGAAAAGGAUCACUCAAGGAAACAGAAUUUUGAGAAGAUUUUAGAGCACAUUCGUCUGCCUUUAAUUAGUCCUUAUUACAUCCAUGACAUCGUAGAGUCGCUGAAUGUCAUCCAGGAGUCUCUUCCUUGUCAGCGGUUGAUUUCUGAAGCGAAGGACUACCUCUUGUUGCAGGACAGACGUGGGGAACUCCAAAGCUCCAGGACCCGUCCUCGCAGAUCAACAGAUAACUCAAUUCCAGUGCAACAGCUUGUGUGGAACAAAUGGAACUUGCUUGACAGAGUCGUGCCACUCCCUCUGAGGGGACAUAGUCCAGUGGAAAUUAUGGCUUCUCUUGAGGGAAAGUGCAACUUGAGACACCCGCACCAAAACAAAAUUGCAAACUUACCAGGUACAACGGAGAUGAUUAUAGCGGUUGGAGGGGAAGAUGAUAAGGUGGUUCUUCGCAGUGUGGAGAGCUUUGAUCCCAUUGGCCGUCAAUGGAAGUGCCUUGCCUAUUUGCCUUUUGCUGUUAGUAAGCAUGGACUUGUUGCAUCAGGUUCUACCCUUUACUUGGCCGGAGGGGAGUUUCCUGAUGGUUCUGCGAGCAAAGAAAUGUGGCGCUAUGACCCGUGUUUCGAUAUGUGGCAUGAAAUGGCAGCAAUGAAUGUGGCACGCUCUGAACUAGGCCUUGCUAUGUUGGAUGGUUUUGUUUUUGCUGUGGGAGGCUGGGAAGGAUCGUCAAGGCUGGAUUCCGUGGAAUGUUACAAUCCCCACACAAACACUUGGCACUUCCUGGAAUCCAUGAAGAUGGCAGUGACUAGUCCAGCUGUGGUGGCACUCCAUGGGUUCUUGUAUGUAGCAGGAGGAGCUGUCUUGGAGGAUGGCGAUGGGAUGGAUCUGGUUCAGGUGUACAAUCCUAAAAUCGACUCCUGGUUUGAGGUGGCUCCAAUGCAGAUUCCACGUUCUGGUUCUGCUGCCUGUGUCCUCCAAGGAAAGAUUUAUGUUAUUGGUGGCUGGCAUGCCUCAACAGAGAACACUGACAAGGUGGAGCAGUACGACCCUAAGACCAAUACAUGGAAGAUGUGUGCCCCCAUGAAUGAGAGACGCUAUCGACCAGGGGUGGCUGUGAUUGACAGCAAAAUCUAUGUGCUAGGAGGAGAGGAAGGUUGGGAUCGAUACCAUGACACCAUUGAGCAGUACAGUGAAGAAACUGGCAAAUGGGAAAUAUAUGGAGAAAUGCUCACAAGUCGCAGUUGGUUAAGUUGUGUCUCUGUGAAGAUGCAUGGCCCGGCCCCACAGUUGAUCAAGAACAUUGUAUGAACCAAUGUGAACGUUUUCCAUCUUGUGCACUCUGGAUAUGUGCCAUUGUCAGCAACCUUGUGUGAAGGUUGUCACCUGCAAUUUUCAGAAUGUUUGAACUGUUCUUGGGGGACUCCUGGUUCUAUGGUGUAAACUUAGAGAAGCAUGUUGAGACUAAUUUUUAACAUUGUAGCCCAGGUAGUAACCUGAUGCAGAAACCCAUUGAGAUUUUGAUACAACAGUUUCAAUCGGAUGAAAACUGGGUGGGUUGAUUUAACAAGGACAAUGGGAACUGGUCUGUUUCUCCGAGUUAUUGCCCAGAUGGUAAGUUGAAUGUUUCUCCUGUUUAUUUUAACCAAAUCAACCUCUGAAGUAAUUCCUUAAUUUUGACUGUCUUAAGAAGAGCUAACAAUAGCUUCAUGACAGUGGUGCUAACUCUCAUUUUGAGUCUGACUCUGCAAACAUUUUUUUUAACUAAGCAGGUUAUUCAUUUUGGUGCAGUAGCUGUUCCUGAAUAGGGCCAUUUGUUCCAAUUGUUUAUUUCUCAUACAUCUCAGCUAAUGGCAUCUGGUCCUGCUGAUUAUACGCUGUAUCGAGACUUUUGUUCCAAUCUAUCUACCCUGUUCCUUACCAAAUUCAAACCCCAAAAGAAACUGUGAUCAAGACUUCAGCAAAUUCAUUAACUAUUUUGAAGGACUUUAUGAUAUGGAUGGUAAUUUGCUCAAUGAGUUUGGACUUCUGUAGUAUCUAGAGAAGAGUUGUGUUUUCAUACUCAAAACAUUCAGAAUGAGCAUACUUAUUCCUUCCUACACAGAGCUUGAUCCUCGUGCCCUGCAAGUAGCAAUAAGAUACAGGGAACGAGAUACUGCAUCUAUGCUCCAGUUGCUACAAGUUUAUAAGUUGGUGUUAAAAUCUCACCACUUGUUCAAAGGAAUUUUUAAACUUGUUCUCACUUCAGGAAAGGCUUCACUCAGAUGCAAAUUCAAAAUUUUGGUAAUCUCAACUUAAAGGUUUCAAUAGAGUGCUGAAGAAAACCAACCUGUCCAAUGGUCUUAAGACAUAUGUUACUAUCCAUUGCAAGAUGUGUUCAGUAAGUAUCGCUGCAAAUAUUGAGGAUUAAAUUUAGUCAAAUUUUAACGUUCCAAAAGCUUCACGUAUUGUACUUGGUGCUGUGCUUAAAGACAGUAAUCACAAAUGAUGCAAUAAAGGUAUUGUAGCUAUACGAGUAUAACCCUAUGGGUUUUUUAAAAGUUGCUCAUGCACAAAUGCUUUUGUACCUCAGUAUAUAACUCUUGCUGUAAAAACUUAAUGCAAAUAAUGUGUAAUAAAAUUUUGUAUUAAAACA